AUGACCAGUUUCUUCCUCUUCGGGUGUCAAUUCUGCCGCGGCAAUCAUAAUGCCGCAACGGUGCGGUUUCGUGAGGCUCUCACCUUGGCAGAGAUUAUGAGACUGCAUGAUCCAUCAAGCUAUGGCAACAUCAGCCCUGAUGAGAUGGAUCGGAGAGUACGUACGGUAACGGCGCUGGCGUUUGUGGAAAGGAUAUAUGCGCUGCAACAUGGCUCUACAUUACAAAUGCCUCGCCUGAUGGGGCUGGAUAUCAUGGCUUUCCACAGGCUCAUCAAGCGUGUCUCAUCAGCCGAAGAAGCUGUGGAAGAUUUAGCCGUUGAGGGCUUAGGUCGCAUGAUCGACCAGAUUGACUUCGUCGACGAGACGGUAGUGCGAUGCUGGAAGUCCGACUGCAACCUGGACCCAAAUACAAAUCACAUCUCCGCAGAGAAGCUGGUGCAGCUCCUAAGACGAUAUAGUAAGCCAUUAGAAGCGAGUCCGUCCAUGGAAAAGGGAGGUGCCCAGCACGCGGAUAUUUUACUCACUCGACACUGGAUCCGCAACAUGCUCUGGAACCUCGCCUUCCGUCACGGCUUCACCAGUCUCUCUGACCCCAACGUCGAGCUACGGCCUGACUACGCUAUCGACAUCGCCGCCGAAACAAUUGAUGCCUGCGACUUUUUCGACAUACGUUGUUUAGAAACGCACGGUGUUGGGCUGGCAGAAAAGCUGUAUGACAUCGCGAGCAACUGCGUACGAAUUGCGCAGACAUUCCCGGCGAAUAGCGGCGCGUUUGCCGGUGACUUUGGAAUCCCCACCUCGGACCAUGACUCCUGCGCCACGUCCAUUAGUGGAACUCUAGACUCAAGCUCGUCAGCAAGCGACCCAUCCGGAUGGGUGACCCAAAUGCCAACCAUCGAGAUGGAUUGGGCGGCCUCGAGGACAGCCCAAGUGAUGGAAAUCCUCAACAGGUUUCUCGCGUUAUUCGCACUGUUCCGCAAGGGAAAGCAUCCGUUCCUCAAGCCAUUCGUGCAGCUCAUGGCAGGCCUGGACUUUCCCCAGAUGACGACGGGCGACCCGCCAUGGGAUGACGGCGUGCAUAUGCCGCUUGUUAUGUAG